GUAAUGUAGUAUCCGUGGGGCGACGCCUGCGCACAAGACCACGUCGGGCCUCACUUUUCCCAGGCCUUCUGGGUAAUGUAGUUUCCGGGAUCCGCGCCCGGCCUGUGCCAGCUUGCAGAGCUCACCAGGUGCAGACCCCUGCGGCCAGGGCGAGGACGGAUCUCAGCAGCCAGCCAGCGGGUGCCGCCGCCCGCGGGACCCAGAGGCCUUGAGCACAUCUGCAAUGCUCCAGAAGCCCAAGAGCGUGAAGCUGCGGGCCCUGCGCAGCCCGAGGAAGUUCGGCGUGGCUGGCCGGAGCUGCCAGGAGGUGCUGCGCAAGGGCUGUCUCCGCUUCCAGGUGCCCGCCGGGCUGGGCGGGGACGGCCGGCCGGGGAGCUCCCUGAGCGCGGUUCCCGGCUGUGCCUGUACGAGGAUGGCACGGAGCUCACCGAAGACUACUUCCCCAGCGUUCCCGACAACGCCGAGCUGGUGCUGCUCACCUCGGGCCAGGCCUGGCAGGGCUGUGAGUGGCAAGGACCUUGGAGAUGUGAGUGACAUCGGGCGCUUCCUCAGUGCAUUUCACGAGCCGCACGCGGGGCUCAUCCAGGCCGCCCAGCAGCUGCUGUGUGAUGAGCAGGCCCCGCAGAGGCAGAGGCUGCUGGCCGACCUCCUGCACAAUGUCAGCCAGAACAUUGCAGCUGAGACCCGGGCUGAGGACCCGCCGUGGUUUGAAGGCUUGGAGUCCCGAUUUCAGAAUAAGUCUGGCUAUCUGAGAUACAGCUGUGAGAGCCGGAUCCGGAGUUACCUGAGAGAGGUGAGCUCCUACCCCUCCUUGGUGGGUGCGGAGGCUCAGGAGGAAUUCCUGCGGGUCCUCAGCUCCAUGUGCCAGAAGCUCCGGUCCGUGCAGUACAAUGGCAGCUACUUCGACAGAGGAGCCAAGGGCGGCGGCCGUCUCUGCACGCCGGAAGGCUGGUUCUCCUGCCAGGGUCCCUUUGACAUGGACAGCUGCUUAUCAAGACACUCCAUCAACCCCUACAGUAACAGGGAGAGCAGGAUCCUCUUCAGCACCUGGAACCUGGAUCACAUAAUAGAAAAGAAACGCACCAUCAUUCCUACACUGGUGGAAGCAAUUAAGGAACAAGACGGAAGAGAAGUGGACUGGGAGUAUUUUUAUGGCCUGCUGUUUACCUCAGAGAACCUAAAACUAGUGCACAUUGUCUGCCAUAAGAAAACCAUCCACAAGCUCAACUGUGACCCGAACAGAAUCUACAAACCCCAGCCAAGGUUGAAGCGGAAGCGGCCUGUGCGGAAACGCUAGUGACACGUACACACUACGUUCUGGUCUUGGUUCGAGGCCUGACGUGUGCGUCAUUUUAACAGGUGCCUUUUUUUUUUUUUUUGGU